UGCAUGUCCAUCCUGUAUCUUUCAUCCACAUCCAAAGUUCUUUGCCAAUUAAUACAAGUUUUCUCUUCUGGGUUUCAUUGACCAUUUCAAUGGCCAGUAACUCAUCAGCUUGCAGUUCUUAUUGGGUGAUCUCAGGUCUGGCAUUGGUACUGGGAGCCAUUGUUCACCAAGCUGACGCAAGGGCAUUCCUCGUCUUCGGUGAUUCACUAGUCGAUAGUGGCAACAACAACUACCUGGCAACAACUGCACGAGCCGAUUCAUACCCUUAUGGGAUCGACUAUCCAACACAUCGAGCAACCGGCCGAUUCUCUAAUGGCCUGAACAUUCCUGACCUUAUCAGUGAGCAAAUUGGCUCAGAAUCCCCAUUGCCUUAUCUGAGUCCAGAGCUUAGAGGACAAAAACUACUUGUUGGUGCCAACUUUGCUUCGGCUGGAAUCGGAAUCCUUAAUGACACAGGAAUUCAGUUUAUAAAUAUAAUAAGAAUGCAUAGACAACUGGAGUAUUUCCAACAAUAUCAGCAACGAGUUGGUGCGCUUAUCGGAGCCGAGAAGGCCAAGCAACUCGUCAAUCAAGCACUUAUCCUGCUCACCGUUGGUGGGAAUGAUUUUGUCAACAACUAUUACUUGGUUCCUUAUUCUGCCAGGUCUCGCCAAUAUGAUUUACCAGAUUAUGUCAAGUAUCUCAUUUCAGAGUACAAGAAACUAUUGAUGAGGCUGUAUAAUCUCGGAGCACGUCGAGUUCUUGUGACUGGUACUGGACCGCUGGGUUGUGUUCCAGCAGAGUUGGCCAUGAGGAGCGCAAAUGGUGGCUGCUCAGCGGAACUACAGAGAGCGGCUGCCUUGUAUAACCCUCAACUUGAGAGCAUGAUAAUUGAUGUCAACAGAAAAAUCGGCAGUGAUGUGUUUAUUGCUGCAAAUACCCACCAAAUGCACGUAGAUUUUUUCAGUAAUCCUCAGGCAUAUGGAUUUACUACAUCAAAGAUAGCUUGUUGUGGACAAGGACCAUACAAUGGCCUAGGACUGUGCACACUGUUUUCAAACUUGUGCCCUAACCGUGACCUCUAUGCAUUCUGGGAUCCAUUCCAUCCAUCAGAAAAGGCAAACAAAAUUAUAGUACAACAGAUCAUGACUGGCUCCACCCGAUACAUGAAACCUAUGAAUCUCAGCACCAUCAUGGCCUUGGAUUCCAGGACCUGAUAGAUCAUCUCAUGAAUCCACCUUCUUAAUCGCCACAACUUCAAUCCAGUUUCUUUCAGUUUUUCUUGUCAUGUUUGUGUUAAUUUGCAGUCAAUCUCAUGGGAUUUUAGACUGGUGAAUCUUGAAUUAUAUUGUGUUUGCAAUAUCAUGAAUAAUUGAAAUUUUUCUAUACAUUUCGCACA